CAUGCUGCACAACUCCAGGCUGCAGAUGGUCCUGAUUGUCUUGUUGCUGUUCCAGUCAUCUGCCUUCGAGCUCUUCACCGUUGAGUUGGAGAAGAGGGAGUACGACUCUCCAUUUGGGGGCGAGGUUCAAAUGGCUUGCAGGUUCCAACCCAUUCCAAAAAAUGCCUCGAGAAACUUAAAGUUGUCCUGGCAUUGGAAUGCUCGAGACACGGAGCGCGAAGUGUAUCGGCUGGUAGACGGAGAAGAGCAUCUGCCACCGGCGAACUCCCACUAUCAAGGACGGGUCAGCUUUCUCAUAGAGGAGCUGAGCCAAGGCUGGGCCAAGUUGAAGCUGUCUUCCCUCCAAAUAAAUGACUCAGGCAUUUACCAAUGCUUGAUACAAUCUGAGAAUGUUGCACAAGCACAGUACAAGGAAAUGACUUUGUCUGUCACAGCUCAGUAUGACAAUGUGACCAAGCUGAUCCAACCUUACAACAAAGACCAAGUUCAGUUAACCUGUGAGUCGAAAGGAUACCCUGUGUCCCGUAUCUCCUGGACUGAUUCCAAGCAGCAAAGCCUCGUCGCCAGCACCUUUAAUAAAACAACACCGGAUCAACUCAUCCAGGUUGUCAGUCAUGCGCUUGUCAGCUUGUCCCAGUGGAACACCUACACGUGCCACUUUGAAAGAGGCUCUUCAGCAACGUUUCAUAUUCCUGGGGACCUCCACACUGACCGAGUGAGAAAUACUGGCAUAUUCAUCUGCAUCGCUCUUCUGCUGGUUACAAUUACUGGAAUGAUCUUCUAUGCGCGAUGUGUAAACGAAAGUAAGAAAAGCCUGAGCGGCUCCACAGAAGAAAAGGCUGUAUUUACUUCAAGUAAGAGAGAGAGUCUGAGGAGGUUGCUGAUGGAGCACUACAACAGUAAGGACUUGGUCACUGGGCUGGAAGAACCAAUGGUACUAGACAGACGUGGUCAAACUGUCCCACUGUCGUCAGUGUGGGGAGUGGGAGAACCUGGUGAGACGGUUCUCCUGCUAGGUCCUCCUGGAAGUGGAAAGACAUCCCUAGUCCACAUGUUGGUGAAUUCUUGGAUGAGCGAUACCGACCUCAGCGAUGUCAGUCAUCUCCUCUGGAUUGAUGCUUCUGUGACUGAAGGAGAUCUGUUAGGAACCGUGGAAAGUCAGCUGCCUGUCAGUGAUCUGGAAACGUCCGAAGAGCUCAAGCAUGUGAUGACCAGCUCUGCUUGUUUUCUGGUGUUGGACGGGUACGUGGAGGGGAACUCGGAGUUCGAUCCUUCUCUGAUAUCUUUUGUGAAUGAAAUAAGAGAAAGUCGCUUACUGGUCACGUCACGUCUGGAUCAAUGCCCAACACUCAAAACCACAGUCCCGAGUGAAAAUAUACUGACGCUGGAAAAACUGUGAUCCUUGUAGCAGGUCCAUCU